GAGUAUUUGAACUGGCUCAGUUCUGAAUUAGAUGGUUGUGAUUUAAAAUGAAGAAAUCGCUAAUGAAGGACUGAUAUUCUCUGCUGAAUGAAUUUCCAAGUAGUUGCCUUGCAAAAUGGCCUUUCACUAUAACGAUGCCUUUGAAAACCCAGACUACCAUGACUCUGAAACACUGGAACUUGACAGAGUACGACCUCGCUGGAGCGCUUCUGUUCAUCGCAAUCCUUAUGAUUCCUCUCCUUACAAUCUCUAUGAUGAUUACCAUGGACAAGAGCGGAAUUCACCAGCGGAUAUCCCUAUGGACUCUAUGCGGAUUCAGGCUCCUGCAGAAUACAGUCCAAGGGUUUUUCCAUUUGAGACUCCCAAUUCAAAUCCAUACGAAGAGUCACACAUUAAUCCUUCAUUUGACUAUGAAUCAGAAUUUCCAUACAUGUUACCUACUUCCAGUGAUACCUUUAACGAUCAUUACACACAUGGAUCUGAUACAUCAGAUGGAGCUAGCGUCCAUUUGCAACAUAGCAGGCAAGAAGUGGAUUUGGCCUUCCUGGCGCCUUCUAGUCUCCGCCAGUUGGACCCAGGAUAUAAUGAAGAGAAGCAGAAGCAAGAAGAAAAGCUAAUCCAUAGUCUUGCAAGCUUGUCUGCCUGGGAAAGAGUCAAGGCAAUCCAGAAGAUUCCAAAAACUAUGAAAGAAAAGAGAGAACUCAGGAAUCACGUUCUUACGGAGAAAACAAAGACUCGCAACCGGAAUGCUCAAAUUAACUGUUGUGCCCAGUGCUUCUACAACACAGCGUUGUCCUUUCGGCAGUUUAAAAAUGACUUGUCCGAAUUCUUCCAGUUCUUCCAGCUGUGGCAAAGGACUCUCAAAGUCAUUGGCAGCCAAUUUGGGACCAGCGUCUGCUCUUACUUCAUUUUCCUCACCUGGCUGCUGAUGUUCAACAUUUUCUCGUUCCUCGUGAACUUCAGCUUUAUCACGAUCCCCCAGCUCCUGGCAGCCAAAGCAAACAACCUUUCAUUCACAGGGCUGGAGUUUUUCACAGGAGCCGGCUAUUUUACAGAAACGGUGCUCUACUAUGGGUUUUAUACCAACGAUACCAUCUCAGGAAAUAAGAGCAGUGCUCCAUAUAACAUGCAGCUGACUUAUAUUUUCACAAUAGGGGUUUAUUUUGUCCUCUGUUUCUUGAGCUUGCUAUACAGCAUGGCAAAGUCCUUCCGCAGCAACUUCGUUAAUCCUUCAACGUACUCUGGGAACGCUGCCAAACUUCUCUGCAUCUGGGACUUCAGCAUUACCAAUGAGAAAGCUGUGAAGCUGAAACAGAGAAACCUCAGUACUCAGAUAAAGGAAACACUUUCUGAAGUGACCACUGAAGUUCUGAAGCUUUCUGUGAGUCAGAGGAUCGCUCGGCUCUCUAUCCAUUUGGCUGCUUGGCUCGUCUCCCUGGGGGUCGCAGUGGGUUCCUGUGCUGGCAUCUACUACUUCUCCACAGCUAACUUAAAACUGUUUCUGAAAGACGAUAAAACAGAGCUGGAAAGUGAAGCUGUCACACUGGUCUUGCCAGUGGUUGUCGGCCUCCUCAAUCACAUGGUGCCUUUCUUCUAUUCUUUGUUUGGCUUUGUUGAAAAAUUCACAUACCCUAAGCACCAAAUCUACACCUCUAUUGGCAGGCAUAUUAUCCUGAAGAUAUCCAUAAUUGGGAUCCUUUGCUACUACUGGCUUAACAUUGUGGCUGCGUCAGAAGCACGGUGCUGGGAAACCCUGGUGGGCCAAGACAUAUACAAGCUCCUCGUGGCUGAAUUCAUCUGUUGCUUACUGGGAUCUUUCUUUGGCGAAUUUGCGCGAAGAAUCAUUGGCACAAAAUGCUGCAAACAACUCGGUGUGCCCGAAUUUGACAUUGCUCGGAACGUUUUGGAUUUGAUCUAUGCUCAGACAUUGACAUGGAUUGGCAUCUUCUUCUCACCUCUGAUUCCAGCCAUUCAGAUAAUAUCAUUUUUCAUCAUAUUUUAUGUGAAAAAGGUUAGUCUGAUGAUGAACUGCCAGCCGCCUCGCAAAGCCUGGAGAGCUGCUCAGAUGAACACCCUCUUCAUUUUCCUGCUGUUUUUCCCUUCCUUCACUGGCGUCCUUUCUGUCAUCGCAGUCAUCGUCUGGAGAAUUAAGCCUUCCGAAACGUGUGGUCCGUUCCGAGGCCUGGAGACUAUCUUUGGGUCGAUUUCUGGCUGGAUAGCCAUCCUGGCCACUUACCCCAACUCACUGUGGAUCGUGUGGAUUUAUCGCAAUCUGCUUGAAAGUGUGCAUUUCUUCUUCAUCCUUUCAGUCGUUGUGUUCAUCAUCACAUACCUUUACUGGCAUAUAAUAGAUGGACGGAAAAUAAUGAUCAAGCUGCUACAGGAGCAAAUAGUUAAUGAAGGCAAAGAUAAGAUGUUUUUGCUGGAAAAAUUACAUGCGCUUCAGGCAUCGAGACUCCCAAAUUCUGGAGGGCAGCAGGAGAGGCACUCAUCCAUACGCCAGCUGUCUAGGCAGCAAACGCAUUCAUCGCUCCCCAACUACGUCGAAGGAUCCCCAAGAGUGAUGGAAAGACGGUCCUAUGCGGAGGUACAGCGAGAGCAAAUGCACAUUUAUUUUGUGGUGUCGUAA